UCAUUAGUUUUCGUACAGGACUCUCGGGCGGUGCUAUCUGCACUGGCUCUAUUCAUUUGAUUGGAUCCUCAGAUCCAUGGUGUUAUAGAUCUAGAAAAAAAACAAGUCUGUGAAUGUGAGAAGCAGAUCUACAAGAUCUUUGCCAACAAUAAUAAUAUUAGUGAAACCUUGUGAUAUUUUUACAAACAACUAAAAAGAAAUACUAUUUAUAGGGGUUUCGUUGGAGCGUUGGCUGUCUGGCAUUUCCGCUUACUGGGCUUUUUAGGGGCCUGUAGUGCGGCACAGGGCGUAUACUUGAUGAUUGAUGCCUGCCAAAUUGGAAGUGCAACGCGCGCGGGCCACCAAGAUGAAUCGCAGCCAAGUGCAGCUGCGGCACGAACCAGAUCGGAUAGGCACAGAGCUAAGCUCUGAAAUGGAAACUGAAUUAAAUUGUUAUUCAAUUGCGGUGGGCAACAAACCUGCGACUCAUGCCUUCUCUGAAUUUGUUCAUCAGUGAUGCCAGGUCUUCAAAAGGCCAUUAUUAAUACGCUAGUUUGAAAGAUAUAACAAUUGUAUCGUACAUAUUCCACAGAUUGGCUUAAACAAUCAGCUUGUAGUUUCGGAUGUAAACUUUAAUUUCUAGCCAAAUCAACUAGUAGCUGAGUAGUUGACAACUCUUUUCGGCCCACAGCGAUUUACAGAUGCCGAGAGUUGUUGACUCGAGCCAGUGGCAGUUCGAUUUUAUGUGCCAGUUGAAUCGAAACUGGCCAAAGAUCAACAUAGUUGGCUAAACAAUUGCGAGAUUAAUCGAAUUGCGAAUUCCGCCUUUCCAAUUGCAGAGAGACUGAGAAUGAAGCGUGAAAUGAACGAUGAAGGGGAGGGACCACAGGACCAGAAGCGCAAUCGCCGCAACGAGGAGACCGUUCGCAUCCUGAUUCCGAGCAGUAUUGCUGGGGCUGUCAUCGGCAAAGGAGGACAGCACAUUCAGAAGAUGAGGACUCAGUAUAAAGCCACUGUGUCUGUCGACGAUUCCCAAGGCCCCGAACGAACCAUCCAAAUAUCGGCGGAUAUAGAGUCCACAUUGGAAAUUAUCACCGAAAUGCUGAAAUACUUUGAGGAGCGCGACGAGGACUUUGAUGUGCGCCUACUUAUACACCAGAGUUUGGCAGGCUGCGUCAUUGGCAAAGGUGGACAAAAGAUCAAGGAGAUCCGCGAUCGCAUCGGCUGCCGCUUUUUGAAGGUCUUCUCGAAUGUGGCACCACAGAGCACAGAUCGAGUGGUGCAGACCGUGGGCAAGCAGAGCCAGGUCAUCGAAGCGGUGCGUGAGGUGAUCACACUUACCCGGGACACUCCCAUCAAGGGAGCGAUACAUAACUAUGACCCCAUGAACUUUGACCGCGUAUAUGCCGAUGAGUACGGUGGCUACGGCACUGGAAGUGGCAGUACCCGACCCAGUCAGCGGGGAAACAAUCGUAAUGGAGGAGGCGCUGGAGGUGCUGUCGGCGGUGCAGCCGGUGGCAAUGGUGGAGGAUUCAAUGCUGGCGGUGCACGCGGCAAUGCCGGCGGACGUGGCGGAGCUGAUCGCUUCGGCGGCGCCGCUGGUGGAGCUGUGGCCGGUGCUGGAAUGGGACAGCGCGACAAUCCGUUCAUCAACCCGUGGGCCAAUGGCGGUGGCGGAGAUGUAGAUGGUUUUGGCAACAGCGCUGGUGGUGCUGGUGGAUUUGCCGGUAACAGCUUUGGCGGUGGCGCCGGUGGACCAUUCGGUGGCGGUAGCUUUGGCAACAACGGUUUUGGAGGCGGACCCAGCGACUUUGGCGGAAAUUCCGGUAACUUUGGACAGGCGCAGGGCACUAACAGUCUGCCAAGCCUUGGUAGCUUCAGCCAGAACCAGGGUGGCACUAGCAGCCUGCCCAGUUUGGGCAGCUUUGGUCAGAAUCCUGGCGGACCCGGUGGAUUGGGUAACGGACUGAGUGGCGGUGCUAAUGGCGGCGUUGGAGCCUUGGGUGGUGCUAAUGGAGCCGGUGGCUUCAAUGCUGUCGGUGGAGCUAACGGUGGGCCGAAUGGCAGCCCAAAUGCCGCGACAAAUGUGCCUCAGGGUCAUGAUCCCAACAACAGCACACAGGUCACCAUUCCAAAAGAGCUGGCUGGUGCCAUCAUUGGCAAGGGAGGUGGCCGCAUCCGUCGCAUCCGCAACGAGUCCAGUGCGUACAUCACCAUCGACGAGCCCCUGCCAAACUCGAACGAUCGUAUCAUCACCAUCUCGGGCACACCCAAGCAAAUACAAAUGGCCCAGUAUCUGCUGCAACAGAGCGUACACGAGAAUGGCAGGCGAAACAUUUAAGUGGGCAAGGACUUGAACAGCUACAACAGCAAUAGCAACACCAUUCGGCAGAACAACAAAUUCAACAACUAAAAUAACCAUCGAGAAGUGCUGCGUUUCACGUUUAAAUUUAAAUGUACUAAAAGGAAGAACUGGCGAACGCCCACGGCGAGAGAGCAUCCUCCAAAUACGAAAGAAAUUUAUGUAUUUCUUCACUAACUUUAAGUGAAUAUACGCCCCAAAUGAAUAAGCAACUGGAACCGAGUUGCCCCAACCAUCAGCGCCUGCAUCCCCCAUUCAUCCUCGUCGUCACCAGUUUGCAAUUUGGGGGAAAGUCAACCUUAAAACUCUGUAUGAUAAGAAGAAUGAACAAAUAAAGUAAACAUAAACUUGA